AUGCCCCGCUACUGCUGUGUGCCGCGAUGCACGCAGAGUGGCUACAAAGAUGUCAAUGGGAAUAAGUGGUUCCACCUUGUUCACAAACACCGGCUGCUGUCUUUCAACAGCAGGCAGCAUCUAGUGCAGCCCAGCAAAACCCCGUGGAGGGUCCGUCAAACGGCGCUAGUGCCCAAAACCUGGGUGAAGGUGAGGGCAGGCAGUGAAGAGGAACAUGCACUUGACCGGCACGACUCUGACCAAGACAUCAUCAGGCUGCAGACCCCGGCUCCCCGCACAGCUCAAGAAACAGAAAUUGAUGAACUGCAGCAAGAGCUCAAAAAAGCGAAGGCGAGGAUCUUGUACCUUGAAAGAGAAGUUGCACUGUUAAAGGAAAAGUGCAGCAAGAACGAGAGUUCCACAAACAGGUUUUGUGUAGAAAAAUUCAAAGACUCCGAUGAAGAUUUCCUCUUCUACACAGGCUUGCCGUGUUACGGCCUUUUUCAUAUCCUCCUGAGCUACCUGGGACCAGCCUCCUGCGACAUGAAUGUCGAAGAGGAAGGAGAGAGCGAACAGGGAGCCACUCGGGGCCGUCCUUCCUCACUUAGCACCGAGAACCAGCUGUUUCUGGUGCUGGUGCGCCUUCGACUGGGACUGUUUCAGCAGGACCUAGCGCACCGUUUCAAUGUGCACCAGAGCACUGUGAGCAGGCUGUUCACAGCCUGGAUCAACUUCAUGUUCCUCCGUCUCUCUGAACUAUCAAUUUGGUCGUCCAGAUCGGUCAUCGACAGGACCAUGCCCGAAGGCUUCAAGCAGAAGUACCCGAAGACACGGGUGGUCAUAGAUUCCACGGAACUGAAGUGCGAGGUACCCAGUUCAUUCGUGCUGCAGUCCGAAACAUUUUCUCCGUAUAAGUCGGCCAAUACGUUCAAAGGCCUGGUUGGCAUCGCACCGGAUGGCGCUGUAACAUUUGUGUCACCAUUAGCCACAGGUUGCAUUUCCGACAAAGAACUUGUUAGGAAAAGUGGUUUCCUCUUGUUGCCGUUCGAGGAUGGUGAUGUAGUAAUGGCGGACAAGGGCUUCACCAUCGCAGACUUGCUGGAGCCGCUGAAUGUUCACCUGAACAUUCCGCCAUUUCUAAGGAACGGACAGUUCAGCGAGGCCGAGAUUUUAGAGACAGAGGCUAUUGCAUCACUGCGUAUUCAUGUGGAGAGGAGGAUCCAGAGGAUUAAGAGCUUCCAUAUAUUUGACAGACGCAUUCCACUUACGAUCGCACCAGUCAUUAACCAGUUGUGGACUGUGUGUGUGCUUCUAACAAACUUCCAAACGCCUUUGAUCAAAGAGCACUAA